AUGGAAGGUAAGCUCUUUGCAGAUGCUCCAGACAUUCCCCUCAAGCUAAUACAGGGAGUUGUGGACUGUAAGGAGUUUGUGGUAUAUGACGGAAACGUGUUUUGCUUGACAGGCAGAAACACAUUGAUUGCCCUAUCCUCGGGAGAGGAAUACAAGUUUUAUGGGGACGUACUGAAGAUGGGGGUCCAUGGACAUUACAUAUAUCUUGUGUUUAGGACUUCGAAGAUCAUUGUUUUCGAUGUAAUUCGUCGAGAAGUUGUGAUCAACUUCCAAGGGAUAGAAGGGUGCAUCAAGAAGGCGGUGGUCAACAGCUCAGGGAUGCAUUUUCUAAGUUCUGAUGGUUGUCUUUAUAGAUCGACUUUUGAAGAUGUAAGGUAUAUGAAGGAUUCUGCUAUGCAUGCAGUAGGAGGCAGAAAUCCGACGAUACAGAACUUCUGGGUUCAUGGAGAUUCUGUCUUUUACACCACCUGUUAUGGCCAUGUUUACAAGGAUUCAGAGAUGGUGCUAAAGGUUUUCGACACAGUGAAGCUGAUAGUCCCGAACAGAGAGUAUUUGUAUGUAGUGACUGAAGGGAACAUGCUUCUGAAGUAUGAUGCUAUAAAGUGGAGAGUUCUCUUCAGAGAGAAUAUUGAGGGCUUGAAUGUCAUUGGUAAUGGAGUUAUAGGCUGGAAUGGAAUUGCAAUAGAUCUUCUCAAGGAGGUCCGUAUGAGGGUUCCAAAGGAUACAAGAUGGAUCGAGCGCUAUGGAAAGACCAUGUACAUCUCGACUCUAGCUGGGAUUUUUUCAGGGAGCCUUAGCGAUUAA